UAAAAGGCAUAGCAGUAUACUUUCACUGGCUCUCUGUUGCUUUUCACUGAUUCGACGAAGCUCACGGGUGUUGAUUUGUAUUACUAGCUUCCUGGCAUUGGGUUGUGUUCAGUGUCGUACUUAUUCAGUAGAUUGGAAGUCCUUUUGGAUUGAUUUUGUUCUUUUUCUUUUCUUUACAAUCUCAGAACGAAAAAGGUCGAUGCUUUUACCUCAAGACUUUUAGAUAUUCAUUCCAAGAUGCUAGCAAUUAACAAGAAAGAGGAAAUACGUUUGGGUUUACAUCGCUCAGAUUAUAUGCUCGAUAAACAAACCAAAUUGCUUCUCCAAAUAGAGAUGAAUACAAUUUCAUCAUCUUUCCCUGGCCUUAGUUGUCUUGUCACUGAGCUACACAGGAGCCUGAUUAAUUGUUAUGGAGGUCACCUUGGAUUAGACUCCAAGAGAAUUCCCAGCAAUAAUGCAGUUAGUCAAUUUGCUGAGGCAUUGGCUAAGGCUUGGGCCGAAUAUAAUAACCCCAGGGCUGUGGUCAUGGUUGUGGUUCAGCCUGAAGAACGCAACAUGUAUGAUCAACAUUGGCUUUGUGGUGUUUUGAAGAAAAAACAUAACAUUUCAAGUAUCCGGAAGACUUUGGCAGAUAUUGAUAGAGAGGGGGCAAUCCUGCCAGAUGGAACACUUGUUGUAGGUGGCCAAGCAAUUGCAGUCAUUUAUUUCAGAGCUGGUUAUGCACCAACUGAUUAUCCUUCAGAAUCAGAAUGGAGUGCUAGGUUACUUAUGGAGCAGUCCUCUGCCAUCAAAUGCCCCUCCAUAGCUUAUCAUUUAACUGGCACCAAGAAGAUCCAACAGGAACUGGCAAAACCAAAUGUUCUUGAGCGAUUCCUUGAUAACAAAGAAGAGGUUGCUAAAGUACGGAAAUGCUUUGCCGGUUUAUGGAGUUUAGAUGAGACCGCUAUUGUCCAAGGAGCAAUUGAAAGACCAGAUUCAUAUGUAAUGAAGCCACAAAGAGAAGGCGGAGGUAACAAUAUCUACGGUAAUGAUGUAAAGGAAACCCUUUUGCGAUUGCAGAAGGAGGGUUCUGAAGAAGACGCGGCUUACAUCCUUAUGCAGAGGAUUUUCCCAACCGUAUUGACCACUUUGUUGAUGCGGGAUGGCGUCUGCCUUAAGGAUCAGGCCAUUUCAGAACUUGGGAUAUAUGGUGCUUACUUAAGAAACAAGGAGAAAGUGAUCAUGAAUGCCGAAUGUGGAUAUUUGAUGCGGACAAAGGUAUCUUCAUCAAACGAAGGUGGAGUUGCAGCUGGUUUCGCAGUCCUGGAUAGUAUAUAUCUGAACUGAAGAAACCGACUUUUCAGUUGCGUCCACUGCUCGGGACGACCGGCACAAGAGUUGAUUAUUCUUGAGACAGAGCAAUACUCAGAAAGGAAAAUAAAGUCUCUGUGCCGGAAUUUUUUUCAUUUGGAUGUUUUUCAUUUUGUUAUCAUUGGUGUUUAUAUAUCAUAAUAUAUAAAUUUCUACUCAAAGAAAAGUUCUAUAUAGAUUUUACCGAGAUUAUUUCAAACGCAACAUAAUUCGACAGUGAAGAGCUUGCAGAUA